UGAGCGUUAGCUUAACAUGGCGCCGUUUUCGAAUCUCAAGUGUCGUGUCACUGUUUCUUCAUGUUUUCAUGAUAAGCUCCAACCGAGUUUUUAGACAUUUAGAGCCAUGAGAAGAUCUCUUGCUCCGAGCCAGAUUCUCAAAAGGAAACAAGGGUUUUUAGAUGACGAAGAAAUUGGGAACAAACGUAAACAGAAGUUCAAGCCUGGAUCAUUCAAAGCAGAUGAUAACCCUGAUGUUGACAGAAGAGUGCUUGCUCCACUUUCCACUCAAGCAAACCAUUCGUCAAACAGUGUUUCAGCUCAUGAAGAUUUAAUACGCAAGAUUCUUGCUAAGCCUUUCAAGGUCCCAAUACCAAACUACCAAGGAUGCACCUUCUCAAGAGGGCUUGGUAUCAAAAGGAAAGGACCUCGUACAGCUCUUCAUGAUCCUUUUGAAGAUGAUGCUCUUGUACUCUACUCUCCUCCUGAACUAACAGCUCAUGAAAAGCUAACAGCAGACCGAGAGCUCCAGGAAGUGCAUGUUGUUGUUGAUCCACUGCUGGGUAAAAUUCUUCGUCCGCAUCAGAGAGAGGGCGUCAAGUUUUUGUAUGACUGUGUAACUGGCCAAAGGAUUCAAGGCAGCAAUGGAUGUAUAAUGGCAGAUGAAAUGGGGUUAGGAAAAACGUUGCAAUGUAUCACUCUGAUUUGGACUCUGGUGAAACAAGGGCCAGAAGGUCAGCCAAUAGCCAGCAAAGUGGUAAUUGUUGCGCCAUCAAGUCUUGUGAAGAACUGGUAUAAUGAACUUCACAAGUGGCUUGGUGGUAGAAUUUCUGCAUUGGCUAUAGACUCUGGAACCAAAGAUCAAAUUGAUAAAAACCUUGGAAUGUUUAUGUCUCAGCAAGGGAAGCGUACAGCAAACCCUGUGUUAAUCAUUUCAUAUGAAACUUUUCGACUUCAUGCCUCUGUGUUACAGUCUGGACCUGUAGGAUUAGUCAUCUGUGAUGAGGGACAUAGACUAAAGAACUUAGAGAGCCAGACAUAUCAGGCUCUUGAUAAAUUAAAGACAACACGUAGGGUGCUUUUAUCAGGUACCCCAAUUCAGAAUGACUUAUUGGAAUAUUUCAGUCUUGUUCAUUUUGUAAAUAGUGGAAUUUUAGGCACAGUAUCAGAAUUUAAGAGGAAAUUUGAGAAUCCUAUUCUGAGAGGGAGAGAUGCUGAUGCUUCUGAUGCAGAUCACAAGAAAGGAGCAGAAAAACUGGCGGAGCUUGCAUCUUUGGUAAACAAGUGCAUCAUCAGAAGAACUGCUUCAAUAUUGUCCAAAUACCUGCCAGUUAAAGUUGAACAGGUUGUGUGUUGCCGCAUGACUCCUUUGCAGACAGAACUUUACAAACAUCUUAUUCAGUCAAAAGUGUUGAGAAUGGAGCUGACAAAAGCAAAGUCUGCAUCUGGAAUGUCUGCAUCAUCCCUAGCUUUUAUUACACAACUAAAAAAAUUGACCAAUCAUCCUGAAUUAAUCUAUGACAAGGCACAAAUGGGAGAAGAUGGCUUUGAAGGAAUACUGGACUUGUUUCCCAAAAGCUUCAGCCUCAAGCAGGUGCAGCCAGAACUCUCUGGAAAAAUGCAAGUAUUAGAUUACAUUUUAGCCAUGACAAAAUCUACCACUACAGACAAGGUUGUAUUGGUUUCUAAUUAUACUCAAACCCUGGACUUGUUUGAGAAACUUUGUAGACAAAGAAGGUACCAGUAUGUUCGUCUUGAUGGUACCAUGUCUAUCAAAAAGCGGCAAAAGAUUGUUGACCGCUUUAAUGAUCCUCAUAGCGGUGACUUUGUAUUCAUGCUAAGUAGUAAAGCGGGUGGCUGUGGCUUGAAUCUGAUUGGUGCUAACAGACUUGUAAUGUUUGAUCCUGACUGGAAUCCUGCUAAUGAUGAUCAGGCAAUGGCUCGUGUAUGGAGAGAUGGACAGAAGAAAAAGAUUCAAGUGUCGUAGAUGUGUAAACAACAUUCAGGUUACCUUACCCCCUGAGGGUACUGAUUGCAGUGCAGAUCUGUCACAGUGGAAUCACUGUGCAGAUCGCAAGGGAUUGGAUGAUGUCAUGUUGAAAGGAGCUUGGUCAAGUGGUGUAACAUUUGUAUUUCACCAGAAAUCACAUGAAAAACAACUUGGUGUUUAACUGGUGGAUUAGCACAAUUUUAAUAAUGAAAUUGGAUUUGAAAGUCACUGGACAUGAUCAGACCUCCAUGGCAAAGUUCUAGUAGCUUAUCUGAAGCCUU